AUCUUUUUUAAGUUUAAUACGCGAGAUUGUGUAUGAAACAAGUAGAGUUGAGUAGUAGUGAGCCAUAGAGAUAGUUUUCUACAAAAUGGAGACGGAAAAAAUGAACAAAGUGGUGGUAGAUGAAGAGAAGAGAGAUAUAGGUGUGGGAGCGAGUAGAAAAGUGAGCAACUCAGAGUUGUUUAUAAGGUUCAUGGCUUUGCUACUAUCACUCGCCGCAGCUCUUGUUCUCGCAUUUGAUAAACAGACGGAGAUCAUCCCCGUAACCCUCGUCUCCACCCUCCCUCCUCUUUAUGUUCCGGCCACCGCCAAGUUUCAUUACCUCUCCGCCUUCACAUACUUUGUGGUGGCCAACGCGGUAGCAUGCGCAUAUGGAGCUGUCUCAUUCAUAGUAACACUGGCUAAGAGAGGAAGCAAUAAGAGGGGCUUGGCUAAUUGGAUUAUCAUGUUUGACUUGAUCAUGGUAGCUUUGCUAGCUUCAGGCAGUGGAGCUGCAGCAGCCGUGGGGGUUCUUGGCUACAAUGGCAAUGAACAUGUUCGCUGGAACAAAGUUUGCAAUGUCUUUGGAAAAUUCUGUAACCUGGUUAAAGUGUCCGUCGGAUUUUCACUACUGGGAUUACUGCUCUUCAUGUUCUUGGUUAUGAUUGCUGUUGUUCGGAAACGCUAGGAUGAUAAGGCUUUGUAGUUUCUGGUUUGUGAAUGUUUCUCAAGCUCUGUUUUGCAUUCUCUGUUUUUUGCCAUUCAAGAAAAAAUAAUUUGUGAUGGUUUUAAAAAAAUAAUUGUAUGUGAAUUUGAUAAGUUUGGUCUUUCUCA